GUUGUCGCAAGAGAUACGUAUUUCUAGUUCAGUGGCCUUGACAAGCGCAGCGUAGAGCAACACGCUUGUCAAGGCCCUAUAUAUGUUUAUAUAGGGCCUUGACGCUUGUGUGUUGCUGCCCUCUACGUUCGUUGGUAAUAACUAAUAAUACGAGGGUCGAGGAUGAGCAACUCCCACUUCCUAGACCUAGUAGCUGUCAAACAUUUCAUGAAUGACUUAAUUUAUGGGUUUGUCUUUUUCCUGUAUAUAUUGAAAUUGUUUUAUCAGGAAACAUAGGUCACAUGCUAUAUCCUUAGGAAAUCAUGUUCAAUGUCAUGUGAUUUUGAAAUGUCGACUUUUCAUCGAGAGACGUCGAAGCUGUCAGACGAACACCAUCAUCGAAACAAUAACAUGUCGCAGCCCGAGAGUUCUGGCGAGAGAAGCAUUCAGCAUCCUGUUGACAGCGGGAGAACGGUCUCGCAGGCCCAGGGCCAGGGCAAGCCCCCUCCUAUUCGACCUCUGGUGAAAGUGUUGGCAUGCUUUGCAGCAAUUGGAGGCUUUCUCUUCGGUUAUGAUACAGGGGUUGUAUCAGGGGCUAUGAUUCUUUUGAAAAAGGAAUUUGGUUUAAAUACAAUAUGGCAAGAAUUGAUUGUGAGUGUGACAAUUGGCGCUGCUGCACUAUCUGCACUCUGUGGUGGAAUAUUCAAUGAAAAGUUGGGCAGAAGGAAAGUGAUUUUGUUCGCUAGUACUGUCUUUACUGCUGGAGCACUAAUGAUGGGACUUACACCAAAUAAGGAGCUGCUUCUAGCUGGAAGACUUGUUGUUGGUAUUGGUGUAGGUCUGGCUUCCAUGACGGUUCCCAUGUACAUUGCUGAAGUAGCUCCAGUCCAUGUGAGAGGAAGAUUGGUUACAAUUAAUAAUCUCUUCAUCACUGGAGGCCAGUUUGUAGCUUCAGUGAUUGACGGGGCUUUCUCUUACUGGCCAUGGGGAUGGAGGGCAAUGUUAGGUUUAGCUGGAGUUCCAUCUGCUAUUCAGUUAAUUGGUUUCAUCUUUCUUCCGGAGUCUCCUCGUUGGUUGAUUGAUCAUGGACACCUUGAAAAGGCUAAGGCUGUUCUCAUCAGGACAAGUGGUUUGGAUCAUUGGGAAGAGCAUUAUCGACAGAUAGUCCAAGACACAGAGAAUACAAAGAGGGAUUCUGCUGAUGGAGUACCCAUUGUAAGGAUUUUCAGGACACCACCUGUACUAAGAGCACUGAUUAUUGGAUGUAGUCUUCAAAUGUUCCAGCAGUUAGCCGGCAUUAAUACUAUUAUGUAUUACAGUGCAACUAUUAUCCGUAUGUCUGGUGUAAAGGAUGAUUCAACAGUCAUAUGGCUAUCAGCAGUUGUAGCUUUUGUAAACUUUAUUUUCACUCUGGCUGGUGUUUAUCUGGUUGAAAAGGUUGGAAGAAGAAUUCUCACUCUCAGUAGCUUUACAGGUGUUGCAGCAUCAGUUCUCUUUCUUGCUGUGGCUUUCCUUCUGAUUGCAGAAAGUUCUCCAGAAAUUGAUGUCCAUUCAGCUGAUAGAUGCUCUAUAUACAAUACGUGUGAUGCUUGUAUUCUCCAAGAUGAGUGUGGAUUCUGCUUCCAAUCAUUGAAUAAUACAAUCUACAAUGGGACGUGUUUAGUUGCUGAUCAACUGCAUGGAAACCAAUCCUUGGAUGGCCUUUGUUCUCAGAGUCAUCUCCUUAAACAUGAGAGUGAAUGGGCUUAUGAUUACUGCCCAUCUCCAUAUGCAUUCCUAUCAUUCCUGGGACUCAUACUUUACCUCAUUUUCUUUGCACCAGGUAUGGGUCCAAUGCCAUGGACCAUCAACUCAGAGAUCUAUCCUCAGUGGGCUAGAAGUACUGGCAAUGCAGUAGCCUCUACUGUCAAUUGGUCUUUCAACCUUCUUAUUGCAAUGACAUUCCUUAGCCUUACAGAAAUAAUUACACGACAAGGUGCGUUCUUCUUAUACUUUGGUAUAUGUGUGCUUGGCAUCAUCUUUGUCUUCCUAUUCCUGCCUGAGACAAAAGGGACACGUCUGGAAGAUAUUCAAAAACUAUUUGAGAAACCAUUCUGCUGUAGCUCAACCAAUCUACUCAAACCCAAUGUCAGUGUCUCUGAAGGAUCAGAUGCAUCCAAACCUUUACUUAACAGUGAUGCAGAAUUUAAUUAAAGAUGAUGGUCUCUGCUAGAUAUUUUUCUGGGAUUAUGGUGAAAUUCUUGUUUGCUUUUGUAAAAUCUCAUGAUAAUCACAAAUUUGUCAGUGCAUUUUUAUUUGACCUAAAAACAAUGACUAGAUAUCUAGACUGUCUUCUUUAUUUGGUAAGUAUUUUUCUUGAUUCUAUCUUAAUAGAUACAAGGAAGUUUGUAAUUGGUGAAAGAAUCAUGACUUCAUGGUUCCAUAAUAGUUAUGAUUGAGUAGAGAAAAGAUUAUACUUGACUUUGCCAUGAAUGCUAUUUGUUCACAUUUGUUGCAAUAAAUCAUAUUUACGACACUA